AUGGCCUUCUCCAAGAAGUUUCUCGUCUCAUUGUUGCAAGUUACUUUGUUUGUUUUCCCACUUCUGGUUCAGGCUCAGGAUUCAUCAGGUUUCAUUAGCAUAGACUGCGGGAUAUCGGAUGUCUCACGCUACACGGACGAAACAACCGGCAUCACUUACUUUUCAGAUGCAAACUUCGCAGAAACUGGCGAAAACCAGGGCAUAUCACCAGCAUACAAAGAGCAGAAUGAACAGCAGCUUUGGAAUCUCCGGAGCUUUCCUGAAGGUUCAAGAAACUGUUAUAAUCUGAAACCUUUGGCUACAGAGAAUGGUACUAGGUACCUAGUUCGAGCGGGGUUCUUGUAUGGAAACUACGAUAACAAACGCCAAGUACCGAAGUUCGAUUUGUACAUCGGAGUUGAGCUUUGGGAUACCGUGAAAUUUAAGGAUUCAACGACUGCAAUGUACAAGGAAAUUACUUAUGUCCCUUCAUCCGAUCACAUAUUUAUUUGUCUGGUAAACACGGGCAAUGGAAUUCCAUUCAUAUCACUGUUAGAACUAAGGCCUCUACAAGACGAUAUUUAUGUAAGUAAACCCGGCACAUCACUCGAACUCUACGAUCACUAUGAUUUUUGUCCAGCAACUGAUGAAGUAAUGAGGUACAAAGAUGAUAUCUAUAGUCGUGUAUGGUCACCAAUCGACUGGGAACCAGUAAUUACUGCGUCCUCUAGCUCUAUAUCCAAUAAUCAUUUCCAGAUACCAUUCACUGUCAUGAAAACUGCAUAUACAACAAACAAAACUACUCCUUACAUGAAUAUAUAUUGGACUCAGUUAAACAGCACAGCGACCUACUUCCUCUACAUGCACUUCGGGGAACUAGAGAAGCUCCAAGCCAACCAAUCUAGAGAAUUCAAUAUCUUCAUUAAUGGUGAUUUGUGGUAUGGGCCAUAUGUCCCCACGUACUUAAGUGUGUACACAAUAUACACCGGCGCCAAUGAGUCAGGCAUCAUCACCGACAGUGAUGGAAAAUUAGAAAUUUGGCUUAAUAGCACUGAGGAUUCAACUCUACCGCCGCUUAUAAAUGCGCUCGAAAUGUAUGUGCUGAGAGAGUUCUCGCAACAAACAACAAGUCAAACAGAUGCGAAAGCUAUUUCAGAUGUCAAAUUGGUGUACGGAUUAAAGAGAAACUGGCAGGGAGAUCCUUGUGCCCCUGAAACUUACCUAUGGGAUGGUCUUGAUUGCAGUUACAAUGCCAAUAGUCCGCAUAGAAUUGUUUCUUUGAAUUUGUCAUCAAGCGGAUUAAAGGGAGGAAUUGCUCCUUCCAUUGCCAACCUGAAAAUGUUAAAUAUAUUAGACUUAUCAAACAACAACCUGACUGGGACAAUCCCCGAAUUUUUAGCUCAAUUAUCGUCGUUGAGAGUUCUGUAAUUAAUUGAUCUUUUCAACAGCAUCGACACAAGUCCGAGUAGCACUCCAUGUACGUCAGGGUCAUGCGGAAAGAAGAAAACUAACUUUGUUGUUCCGCUGGUUGCAUCGUUGGGCGGAGUACUUUUCCUCAUCUUAACUUUGCUGGCUGUACUUUGGGCCCUUAACCGGAAAAAACAACAAAAAACUAAGGAUUCAAGAGUUGAUACCGUAAAUGUGGAAUCCAAUGAAGAAUACUUCCCAUCAUUUGUCUCUAAAAAGCAAGAGUUUACGCACCCCGAGAUCCAAAGAAUAACCAACAACUUUGAGAGGGUACUAGGCGAAGGCGGAUUUGGCAAGGUUUACCAUGGCUACUUAAAUGGCAUUCAAGUAGCGGUUAAAAUACUUUCCCCAUCAUCGGUUCAAGGGCAUCGACAAUUUCAUGCUGAGCUCAAACUACUUCUGAGGGUUCAUCACAAAAAUUUGACUCCCCUCAUCGGGUAUUGCAACGAGGCAUCAAAUAUCGCUCUUGUCUAUGAGUACAUGGCCAUGGGAAACUUACGAUCACAUCUUUCAGGUUUGAAAGGAGGCAGCAGUAAGAACAUCUUGAGUUGGGAAGACAGGCUUCGAAUAGCAAUAGACACUGCACAAGGAUUGGAAUACCUGCAUAAUGGCUGUAAGCCACCUAUAGUUCACCGAGAUGUUAAGUCUACUAACAUCUUGUUGAAUGAAAGGUUACAAGGAAAACUAGGUGAUUUUGGCUUGUCCAAAUUUUUCCCCUCUGAGGGUGGCAAUUAUAUAUCAACCGGUGCUACUGCCACUCCUGCAGGUAUAACAACAAGCAUUGCUGGCACACCUGGGUAUAUUGAUCCUGAGUAUUACAUAUCAAGCUGGUUGAAUGAGAAAAGCGAUGUGUAUAGCUUUGGAGUUGUCUUAUUGGAGAUUAUCACAGCUCGACCUGUGUUAGCAAAAACACAACAGAAUAAUCACAUAAUUGAAUGGGUUAGUUCCAUGCUUGCUAAGGGUGACAUUAAAAAUAUUCUUGAUCCAAGGUUGGAAGGAGGUUUCAAUAUCAAUUCUGCGUGGAAACUCAUCGAAAUAUCAAUGGCUUGUGUCUCCAGAACUUCCACCAAUAGACCAACCAUGAAUCGGGCGUUAAUUGAGCUGACAGAAUGUUUGGGAACAGAAUUAACAGGGAAGGACGGCCAUAGUGUGGCUGAAUGCUCAAAAGAUUCAGUUGGAAUGGUCGCCGACAAUUUGCUCUCACUAACUCCCCGAGCUAGGUGA